CAUAUAUCAUAGAAUAAUCGCUUCAAACUUGAGCUCUAUUAUUAUAUAUUAUAUUUUUUGCACCGUCCAAUCAGCGAGUUGCCGGCGAUGCCGAUCCGUCAGAUAGCCGUGGGGCGGCCGCAGGAGGCGACUCACCCGGACACGCUGAGGGCGGCUUUGGCCGAGUUCAUCGGUGUCCUCAUUUUCGUCUUCGCCGGGGAAGGCUCCGGCAUGGCCUUCAACAAGCUCACCGACAACGGCUCCACCACCCCGGCCGGGUUGGUCGCCGCCGCCUUGGCCCAUGGUUUCGGCCUGUUCGUGGCCGUCGCCGUAGCAGCCAACAUCUCCGACGGACAUGUCAACCCCGCCGUCACCUUCGGCGCCUUUGUCGGCGGCAACAUCUCACUUCUCCGGGGAAUUGUCUACUGGAUCGCUCAGCUGCUUGGCUCCACUGUCGCUUGCUUGCUCCUCAAGUUCGGUACCGGAGGCUUGACGACGUCGGCAUUUUCACUGUCGUCUGGAGUGAGCGUGUGGAACGCUUUGGUGCUGGAGAUAGUGAUGACGUUCGGCCUGGUUUACACAGUUUACGCGACGGCCAUCGACCCGAAGAAGGGCAACGUGGGGAUCAUUGCCCCCAUUGCAAUCGGGUUCGUUGUGGGAGCCAACAUUCUUGCGGGCGGGGCCUUUGAUGGGGCGUCCAUGAACCCGGCCGUGUCGUUUGGGCCUGCCCUGGUCAGCUGGGACUGGACCAACCACUGGGUCUACUGGGCCGGGCCCCUCAUCGGUGGCGGCAUCGCCGGCCUUGUCUACGAGCUGGCCUUCAUCAGCCACACGCACGAGCCCUUGCCCGGCUCUGAGUUCUGAUGAUUAAGGCCUUUUUUGUUGGCUCAUUAAAGGCAUUUUCAUUGUUUGGGUUUUGUUGUUGUAUUUGAGUUGAGGUCGAGGUCUUGUCUUUGUUGUGGGCUCUGACCAGUUGAUUGCUUGUCCAUGUCCACGGCCACACGGGGAAUGUUAGGUUCCGGCGACAUUUAUUGGAUACUAAGGGCAAUCACGCUUCUUUCUCAUCCAUUUUGCUUUCCAAGUACUGUAUGGUCACGUGCUUCAAUAAUUACGCAUAUAUAAGUAUCGUCUUCUUCUUA